AUUUUGGGUUUCGUAUUUCACCAUUUAUAAAAAUGGUUUCGACUAAUAAUUAUGAUUUAGAAGAAAAUGAAGAAAAAAAUGAUAAUAAUUCGCCAAAUGCUGAUAACAUAAAUGAUGAUAAUAAAAUUAAAAAAGAUUUAACAAAAGAACGAAUUAAGAUAGUUUUAAACGAAAAAGAUUUAAUAGAAUCGUUCGUUAAAGGAUCAGGAAACGGUGGACAAAAAAUUAACAAAACAUCGAAUUGUGUUGAUUUGAGACAUGUUCCGACUGGAGUUAGAGUCGUG